AUGCAGGCAGAGCUCGCAGCAGAAGUAGACACAAUGAACGAGGCAGCGGAAGGUGAUGGGAAGAAGAAGGUCGUCGUGAUUGGUGCGGGAUGGGCCGGGCUUGCUGCAGCUUAUGAAUUGUCCAAGCAGAAUGACGAUUUUGACGUUACGCUUCUGGAGGGGGGCAAGUCUGUCGGAGGGCUGGUGGCGGGCUGGUUAACGCCGGGCGGGAGGCCAGUGGAAGCGGGUGUCCACGGCUUCUGGUAUCCGUAUCGCAACAUCUUCAGGCUUAUCGAGGAUGACCUCAAGAUCGACCCCUUUACGCCGUGGACGCAGUCUGCCCAGUACAGCCCCAACGGCUUGGAGGUGAUAUCUCCGAUCUUCCAGAACAUGCCACGGCUGCCGUCCCCGAUGGGGACGUUCCUGUACCCCAGUUUCCUCAGGCUUCCUUGGUUUGACCGCCUCACAGCCCUGGGCUUGCUCGCCAGCGUCGUGGACUGGGACAACACCCCAGAGGCGUGGCGAAAGUAUGAUAAGUACACGGCUCGAGAACUGUUCCGAAUGAUGGGCUGCUCCGAAAGGCUGUACAGGGACGCCUUCGAGCCCAUGCUGCUGGUCGGCCUGUUUGCACCCGGGGAGCAGUGCAGCGCCGCAGGGGCUCUCGGGAUGUUGUACUUCUUCAUCCUGGCGCACCAGGCAGACUUCGACGUGAAGUGGUGCAGGGGCACAACGGGAGAGAUGAUCUUCAAGCCGUGGGUGCAGAGGAUAGAGGAGAACGGCGCCAAGGUGCUCGUGGAAAAACGCGUGAGCGACGUCGAGGUAUGCCCGGACACCGGGAGGGUGGUGUCGGUGUCGUGCGGGGGCGAGUCGUUCCCCUGCGACGCGGUCGUGUCUGCGGUGGGCAUCAACGGGGUGAAGGGCAUCGUGAGGGCGGCGCCGGGGCUGUCUAAGCUGCCGUUCUUCUCCAAGAUGAUGAACCUCAGGUCUGUGGACGCGCUUGCGGUUCGGCUGUACCUGGACAGGAGGGUCAGGAUACCCUAUCAGAGCAACGCCUGCUUUGGGUUCGACAAGACGACUGGCUGGACUUUCUUCGACCUGACGGCGAUGCACGACUCCCUCGAUAAGAGCGAGGGGACGGUCCUGGAGGCCGACUUCUACCACGCGGACCAGCUGCUGCCGCGUUCGGACCAAGACCUCGUCGCCAAGGUGCAAGGCGACAUCGCAACGUGUGUGCCAGCAGUGGGACGAGCGAAGGUGGUUGACUACAGCGUGGUGCGUAUUGCCCAGGGGGUUACGCACUUCUCCCCGGGGUCGUACGACAGCAUGCCCACGUGCGAGACCCCCAUCCCGAACAUGUUCAUGAGUGGCGACUGGAUUGUCAACGAUCACGGCAGCUUCUCGCAAGAAAAAAGCGUUCGUUACAGGGGUGGAGGCGGCCAAUGCCGUAGUGAAGCGCCUGGGCGUAGGUCGCGACAGCAGCGUCAUCCCGUUAGAAGACGACGAGCCGCACAUUCAAGCCCUGAGGGCGGUGAACGAUCGAGCAAAACGAGCCGUUAAGGCGUUGCCCGGGGCAGGCUGGCUGCUUCCGUGAAUACAUAAUGUGCCGUUCCGUUGAGAGGCUGACAACGCAGGCCAGCAUUUUGGGGGUGGCGUGUGAUUCCUUGUAUGGUGCACUUGUACCUCCUGUGAGGUUCGUGUGGAGAUAUUGCGGCGGGUAUACCAAGUUGAGAAAAAAAUCAAUGUUUCCAACGAAAACUUCUUGAAACGAGUUUGUACG